CUGAAGGAUUGCGGAACUAUUUUAUCCUUUAACAUAGCAUAUCUAUCUAAAUAAUUAUUUUUGAUAUUCAUGACAAAUACAUAUUAGCAGUAAGUAUCCACUGGAAGGGUAUAAUUCAGUUUUAUUUAACUCAGCUGAUAGCAGCAGCAGUAACUUGUCUUCCACUCUGCCGCGGCUCACCUGUCUGUCGGUGCACCUGUCAGUCAUGUUCAUAUCAGUGCAGUACUCCUGAAAACAUAACCAGGAAGCAUAGUUUUUCAGGAGUCCCAUGAUCUUGACGUAAUGUGGAAUGCGGACUACAGAUUGUCAUUGUCAGAAUUAACUGACCCGAAAAUAAACUGAGAGAGAGAGACACCCGAGCUGCAGAAAAUGCUCCGUUUUCUCUGCUGUUGCUGCUCCUCAAGUGAAGACUCCGAGAGUCAGCCUCUCCUGGAUCCCAGAUCAUCUCAUCUGAAUGGAGCAGGAUCAGCCAGGCAGACCCGUCAAACACACAGUGAUGCACAGAGUGUAAAGAAGAUUGGCAAGCUGGUGAUGAGGCGAGUUUGUGUGCCGGAGCUGGACCAGAGGUUUUCUGACAUGGCUGAGACCUUCAACCAACAGCAGGAGCGAUAUGAGGUCAUGGUCAGACACAUCAGGAACCUGCGACAGAUCUACGGCUGUAACCACAAUGAUGGUCUGGCUUUAACUGAAUGUUUGGGCAAGAUCAUACAGGAGCAUGAGGCCAAGUACAGGGUCUCUCUUAAGAUCCAGGGCUAUGACUUCUCCCUCAAUGUGGUUCCUGUGAGAUCAGAGGGGGAAAGAGAGGAACAACCACCUCCACACCUGCGAUUGGCUCAGGAUGAACUGAAGGCCACUUCUGAAAGCGCCAAGGCCACCAUCUCAAAGGGUACCACACUUCAAGAGCUGAUCGGCUGGCUGCUCCGUAGCAAGGAUCAAAUGGCUGAUCAAGUGAAAGGGGCUGCAGCAACUUACCAGGAGCAGGGAAGACUAAAUGAGAACCUGAAAGAGAACAUGAUGGAAGUGAGGAGGGCGAAGGAGUUGUCCUUGGGAUACAAACAACAGGCCGGGGAAGUCUUCACUGAGGCUGCACACAUAGCAGGGGCUUAUCUGUAGUUCAUGCACAUUUUAAAUACUUUAUUUGAAUCCAUCCAAUUACAAUACAAAUAUUCAGGAUUUAAACAUUUACAGAGGUCAUACAUACUUAAUUUACUCACAAUUAUGGGUUUAGAAAACAUGCCAACCUAGGUCAGUGCGUGAAAUAUCAGUAUACACUCUGGUAUACAGUCUGCUUUGCCAUUGCAACCUCUUAUAUCACGUUUUGUUUUGUUCAAAGACAUGCAAUCAUAUCUGCAUUUUAAGUGCUUUAUAAAUAUAGCAUGUACUCACUAAAUAUUUUGCUUGUGUUUACCACUUAUAGUAUUUGAUGGGUGUGAUUUUACCAGCUAACAUUAGGGGGCAAUACAGCCUCACUUUACUUUUCUAACAGCUACUCUUUGAUUCAAAUUCAGAUUUAGUCUGAUUAUCAGGAAUUGCACUACAUAGAUAUAAUCUGGUAUCAUAAUGAUGAAUAUAUUACUGUUUCUACUCUUUUAAUUGUGUACUUUAUUAGACACUUACAUUUUUGCAAAACUUUGCCACAAGAAAAGGUUAUAGAAAGUAAAUAAGUAAGAAAGUAUUUUUGUUGUAAACCUAACAUAUUUCUUCUAUAAUGUAAUAAAGGACAGGACACAAUCUCA